UGCGCGACGUGCGUUUGCUUUUUUGGCGGGCGGCUUUGUUUUCGACGAGCGGCGAGAUAUCCUUGUAGGUGCUCUGUGGUGGCGGUACCAUGUUCGUCUACGUGGAGUACACACCUUCACUCAAGACCGCCGUUGUGGAACACACGCGUAUUCACUGCUCUCCCAUGGAACGUUUUAAUCCGAAGGACGUGAAUGACUUCAGCCGUGCGAGGACUUACUACGUUCGGUCGUGCCACAAGGACAGGCUCUACGAAGCGAUCAAAGUCAUCCACAUUACUGGUACUCUGGAGGAAAUGGCCAUGUUCAGAGCAAACCGACCGAGGCUAGCAGAUGUUGGACGAGAAGACUUUGAUAGGGAAAUGCGCGACACUCGGCCACCACUGUGCAAGGACAGAGAACACAUUCGGGAAGAAGAGAGGCAGCAGCAGAUUGACGAUGCCCUGAACAACUACAAGCUGGAGCAUCAGCCCAUGGGUGCGAGCACAGACUUGCAGCAGAGGCUGCUGGCAAUGGAGAAAGAGCUCGAAAGGCUGAGACAAGAAGGAAAAAGGGAAAGACCAUCGAUGGCAGUCGGCGCCAGUGACUCUAUAUUCAAAAGUGCCUAUGCUGACCUCGACAAGAGGUACAGGAAGAUGCAGACAGAUUUCAAAACCCUGAAGAGUAAUCAUGAGCAGCUCAUGAAACGCUUUGAGGACAGAAAUCGGGCCAUCCUUGAAGCUGACGAAAAGGAUCUCGAAAGCAACAAUUCAGCAAACGAUGUACGACACCGAACCCCAUCACCACAAAGAAACGGUGUUGCUUCCAAAAAAGAAGGCAGUGUGCGCUCCAAUACUGCUUCUGAUGUUGGAAGUGAUACUGAGACGGCGAUUCAUGGAUUGAUGUGGCAGCAUUCGUCGCCUGGACAUUUGCAAGGGGAUGAAUCCAAGAAAGAUGAUAGUGUGCACUCCAAUGCUGCUUCUGAUGUGGAACCUGAACCAGCUGAGCCUGACAAUGACCAGGAAAUUAACGGUGGUGGCAGUGAUUCAGAAGAGAACACGAAAAAUGACAGUACGUCACCCAAGAUAGGAUCUGUUGGACAGAAUGGAAAGAUCUAUGCAGGCAGUGGCUUCUGGAUUGACAAAAAGGACUGGAGCAAGCUAUUCAGUACUCCCACAGACACCAGGUUUUGCAAGUACGCUGCAUUGCUAUUUUGGACACCAGAAGAGCUCCGUGUUCGCAGUGUGACUGGCACCCCAUCUAACCGUUAUUUAUCAUCUGGCAAAGACUACUCAAGGCUGCCACUGACACCGGAAAAGCUCGCCACCCUGAAAGGCCUCUUUCGACACUACGUGGGCAAGGAUGUUCUGGCACAACGAAGGCUAAAAGCUGCGCGCCAACACCUGUCUUCCGUACUCUGCAGUAUUCGUCGUACUCUGGAGGAGAUGGCCACGUUCAGAGCAAAGCGACCAAGGCGAACAGAUGUUGGACGAGAAGACUUUGAUGAGGAAGUGCAUGGCGCUCGGCCACCACUGUGCAAGGACAGAGCACACAUCCGGGAAGAAGAGAGGCAGCAGCAGAUUGACGAUGCCCUGAACAAUUACAAGUUGGAACAUGCGCCCAAGGGUGUGGUCACAGAUUUGCUGCAGAGGCUGCUGGCAAUGGAAAAAGAGCUCGAAAGGCUGAGACAAGAGGGGAAAAAAGAAAGGCCGUCAGUGUCUGUCAACGCCGGUGACUCUGUACCUAAAAGUGUCCAUGUCGACCUCGUAAAGCAGUACAAGAAGAUGGAGACAGACUUCAGAAUCCUGAAGAGUAACCAUGAGCAGCUCAUGAGACGCUUCGAGGACAGAAAUCGCGCCAUCCUUGAAGCCGACGAAAGCAUUUUUGAAAGCAAGAAUUCGGCAAGCGAUGUACGGCACCGAACCCCAUCACCACAAAGAAUUGUUGAGCCUCAGUCAGCUGAGCCUGACAAUGAUGAGGAAAUGAACAGUAGCAGUGAUUCAGAAGAGAGCACGAGAACUGACAGUAAAACACCCAAGAUAGGAUCUGUUGGAGAGAAUGGAAAGCUCUAUGCAGGCAGAGGCUUCUGGAUUGACAAACAGGACUGGGCCAAGCUAUUCAGUGCUCCCACAGACUUCAUGUUUUCCAAGUUUGCUGCUUCGCUGUUUUGGACAAAAGAAGAGCUCCGGGCUCGCAGUGUGACUGGCACCAUUUCCAACCGUGCUUUGUCAUCUGGCAAAUACAGUUCAAGGCUGCCACUGACACCGGAGAAGCUCACCACCCUGAAAGGCCUCUUUCGACACUACGUGGGCAAGGAUGCUCUGGCCCAGCAAAGGCUAAAAGCUGUGCGAAGACACCUGGCAAACGCACUCUGCGACGUUCGCCGACCAACUACCAGACGACCAUCUUCCUCUGGUAGAGCAAGCCAGUCUUUGCCACUGUUGGAAUCAUCUGCUGCCUCUUCACCAGUAUGUGAUGAUGAAAGCAUUGAUGACCUGGACCUUGGUGACGGCCAAAGCAAGCUUGACAGCAGCCAGUGUGAGCAAGACCUGGGAAAAGAAACCAUCAUCGGUUCAAGCAGAGGCGACGGCGAGGUCACUUGGAAUCAAAGUGCCGAAGGCUGCCCUGACCCCCGAGAAGCUGUCCUCUCUGAAAGCUCUGUUCCACAUUUACAUGGGGGACGGAACACUGGCAGACAUUGCUGACAAAAGAAUGAAGAAUGUGCACCAGCAUUUGUGCCAGAAGCUUGCCGAUGUUCAGCGAAAGGGUGUUUCAUGAAAAAACGAUGCCACUUGAAGGAAAUCGUACAAAAAAUGGUUAAAAUCCCAUAGAAAAUGGUUAUUUUCAGAGCGCUUGCAUUAAAUGAAACAUAAAAAGA